AUGGAUAAUUCCAUGGAUGAUAAUAAUAUCACGAAUUCUCAAAUGAUUGAUAUGACCGAAGCAACAAUUAUGAAAACAACUACUAACAAUUAUACUAAUCCUAUUGAAACAACUGUAAUCAGUACUACUGAUAAUAAUAAUAAUAAUAAUAAUAAUAAUAAUAAUAAUAAUAAUAAUAAUAAUAAUACUAUUUCUUUUCAGCAUUCUCGAGACAUUAUUAAUGAAAAAACUGAUGAUAAUAUCAAGGCUGAUAAUAUCGAUGACAAUGAUGAUAACGAUGAUGACAAUCGUAAUGAUGAUCAGAAUAAAACUGUAAUUCAUAUACUACGAUGCAAACAUUGUAAUUUUGAAUCAAUAUUACGUUCACGUUUCGAUAGACAUUUACCAUGUUCACAACAAAUGGACACUUAUCAAUUAUAUACAUGUUCAAUAUGCUUCACCAGUUCAACAUCGAAAUUAAUUAUUGAUGAACAUAGAAGAGUGCAUCAUUUGAAUACCAGUAAAGUAAGUCUAUGA